AUGGCAAAUGCGUUCAUUCUUCUGCUUGGAAAUACUGCAAACGCCCAUAGAGAGUUCAUACGCCUGGUGGCUCAGAAAGUGUCGGUAAAUGAAGUACCAAACAUCCAAAAGUGUGACAUCAUCCUUGCCUUCUGCCCAAUUGUCUCUCGAGUGGGGACUGACAUUGAGGCUGCCCUUACGAGGAUCCCAGAUAUAGGCAAACCUGUCAUCCUGGCUGUGCUCCACCACACCUUUGACAGAGACUAUGUUGUGCCUAACACAAGUAGGUUUGUACAGCGCCCCAAUGUCACCACCGUGGACUGCAUCUUCAGUGAAGACGAGGGACUGUUUGCAUGCCCUCGGAAUGAUGCAGCCGUAGAUACUGUUAAAGACACAUUUCAGCCACAGCAGCCUGCUGGGAGGGCUCAGAGCGAUUUUACGGCUGCGGUGGAUUUUGUCCUGCAGUGUGUCAUGUUGCCCCUCACGCUCAUUUUUGUCUGCUUGGACCUGCUGUGUGACCUGCUGUCUGACGCUCCACCCCGUCACAGGUCUGCUCUGAGAGACCGCUUCUCAAAUACAUAUGUUCUUCUGCUGGCAGUUGUUUCUGCCUGGGUCGUGGUGGUGAUAAUCCUCAUUAUAAUGCUGACCAUGUUGUUCACCACUGAUUCAGCUUAAAUGUGGUUAAUACAGAAGAAAGCUUAUAGAAGCCCCAGGUUGCAUGUGUAGUAUGAUGUAAAAUUAUUUUAUCAGAGGCAAUCACAUAUAUGUUUUUUUGCCUUUCCUGACACAAUGGCACUGCCACUGAGGCUGCUGUUUAUAAUACGUUUUGUGCCAGGAUAAACUUUUAACAACACAUUUGAAGACGAAUGUUGGACUUAUUUACUGUAUUUAAAUAAUCACAAAACCAUGCAAUUAUUAUAUCAAGGUGAGUAUAACUAAA